ACCCGUUCACACCACCUAGUUUCCCUUCCAAUUUGCAAUAGAUCUUCCCUCGGUUUUUAUUCUUCUUUUUGUGAUUUUCAAACUAAAUUUUGGUUAAUCGUAUGACUUGUUUCCCCUCCUGCUGCUCAGUUGCCGUGUUCAAACUUCUUUUUAUAGAAUUCAACACUGCUCUUCCGUAAAUUCCAAGCCAUUUUUUUCAGUUUUCUUGAGGAUUGGAUUGAUGGGUUUUUCUAAAGUUUGUUAAAUUUGGGAGCUUUUUCAUGAUCGAUAGCCAAAUUUCUGCCUUUACAAACAGGAUAAUUGAAGGUUGGGUUGAUAAUCUUUGUUUUGCAUGAUCAUAUCUCUCUCUUUCUUGCAUCUGGAUUUGCAUAGUGGAUCUUUUCUGUGUGUCUAAUUCUUUGAGACUAUGAAGUGUUUUACAUUCCCCAAUUGGCAUAAAAAAGAUGAACCAAAGACCCCCAGAUCAGUUUCAAAUCGGUCUAUGAAUUCUACAUUCACCGAUCCUGAAAUAGCACGGUCUGGAUCCGAACUAAAUUCUCAGAAUGUCUCAGGCAUCAGCACAGAGUCCAUGAGACAGUCCUCUUUUCCUAGCAUGUCUCAAAGAACCAGCAAUCUAAGAGUAUUCACAGUUUCUGAGCUUAAAUCUUCCACCAAGAACUUUAGUCGCUCUUUCAUGCUCGGAGAGGGCGGAUUUGGGUGUGUUUACAAAGGUUCUCUCAAGAGUCCUGAAGAUCCAUCUCAAAAGGUCGAAGUAGCAGUGAAACAGCUUGGCAAAAGGGGGCUGCAGGGGCAUAAGGAGUGGGUGACCGAAGUAAACGUGCUUGGUGUGGUUGAGCAUCCGAAUCUUGUAAAGCUAGUGGGUUACUGUGCUGAAGAUGAUGAAAGAGGAAUCCAAAGGCUUUUGAUUUAUGAAUAUAUGCCCAAUAGAAGUGUGGAAAACCAUUUAUUUAUCCGGUCCGAGACAACUCUUUCCUGGGCGAUGAGAUUGAAAAUAGCCCAAGAUGCAGCUCGUGGGUUAGCAUACCUACAUGAAGGAAUGGAUUUCCAGAUCAUCUUCAGGGAUUUUAAAUCAUCUAAUAUCCUUCUAGACGAGCAAUGGAAUGCGAAGCUGUCAGACUUUGGAUUAGCCAGGUUGGGUCCUUCAGAAGGAUUAACUCAUGUCUCGACAGCGGUUGUCGGAACAAUGGGCUAUGCGGCUCCUGAAUACAUCCAGACGGGACGUUUGACAUCUAAGAUUGAUGUGUGGAGCUAUGGGGUCUUCCUCUACGAACUCAUUACCGGCAGGCGUCCCUUCGACAAAAACAAACCCAAGAAUGAGCAAAAGCUCUUGGAAUGGGUAAAGCCAUACCUAUCUGAUAGGAAAUUCCAGUUGAUAUUGGACCCUAGACUGAACGGGAAAUACCAACUCAAGUCGGCGCAAAGGCUUGCAGUUGUGGCCAACAGAUGCUUAGCCAGAAACCCAAAGUCACGCCCUAAGAUGAGCGAGGUGUUAAAAAUCGUGAACCGUAUCGUGGAGGCAGCAGGAUCCGGCAGUCCAGAACCACCAUUGAAGGAUGUCUCUACAGAAACUUCAAGAGAACGUAAACGAAGGAUUGUGGAUUCCAGAAGUGAAAAGUUUGUUUGGCUAUGGACUCCAAAGCUCAUAAGAACAUGUUAACAGCAGGUAACUUGUAUGUAUAACUUGAAAAAAGCCUCAAUAGAGCUGUAAAGGUUUGUAGCAUGAAACUGACAGAGCAAUGCAGCGAAACUUCAUAUACAAGUACAUGGAUAAGCAAUAUAUUGUCUCCUUUAUUACCAUGUAUGAGACUGCUCUCGGACAAUAGAUGUGAACAAGCUCUAUGAUAGUGCAAUUUGUUUGAGAA